AUGAUUUUUUCAGAAAAGCCAACGGUAUGUCCAAUCUGUUUUGAAAACUUUAAAUCUCCGAGAUAUCUUCCCUGUCUCCAUACUUUUUGUUAUGACUGCCUACUAUCCUACAUUGUGACGGCAUGUAAACAAAAAGAGGCUCCAGUAGGAUUUCAGUGUCCGCUCUGUAGAAUCUUUGUUCCUGUGCCUGUAUUCCCGGCAUUGCCUGAAAAAUGGGCGGAGCUUAUCCCAGUCAAUAAAACAAUUCAAGCAUUAGUUGCAAAAGGUGAUGAUAUAAAGUUUUGUGAUGCGUGUAAGCGUGGAAACGAGGAAGAAAUUGCAAGUGAUUGGUGUGAAACAUGUAUGGAGGCAUUGUGUGGUAUCUGUACAAAAUGUCACAAAAAGAGCCUUGCAAGUUCACAACACAGAAUUAUUCCUAUUAGAAGUCUCAAAGAAAAUGUUCAUGUGGAUAGAAGUGAAACUCGUGAAUAUUGUAGCAUACAUCAAGAGAAAAUAAAAUAUUUUUGUGAUGACCACCAUGAAGCUUGUUGUAUGCAUUGUGAGUGUACAGUACACAGAACUUGUACACAAGUUGUAACCGUAGAAAAACAAGCCCAUGAUCUCUUAAAGACUCAAAAAAUUAGCAAGAUAAUUAAACAAAUUAAACAGUACAUAGAGGCUCUAGAAAAAGUAAAAACAGAUGGGAAAAACAAUAUGGCAGAAAUAGACAAAGCUUCAGAUGACAUGAUAAAACAAUCAACUGAGUUGAAAACAGAAUUAAUGACACAAAUUGAAAUUUUGUUUGAAAAACAUUUGAACGAAAUAUCCAGAGUUACCAAGGAAUGUAGAAAGAAACUAACAGAGUCUGUGGAAGGUUUCUCAGAUCGUAAACUCCUUGGAGACUCUUAUGUGAAGACACUUGAGAGUAUAAAAGAAAGUGGAUCAUCAAUUGCUCUUGUAAUUGAGUACUAUAAGAUCAAAAAACAUAUUUUCAAAGUUGCUGAGUCAGAGGUUCCUCAGAUAGAAUUUCAUGUGAAACAAGAUUUUCAGCAAAAGCUUUGUGAAAUAUUAAAACUGUCUACGUUUGCAAACCUUACUCUUGGUGAACAGUUAAAGAAUUUUCAUUUUGAUAUGAAUAUUUUAAAUCAGACUUCAUUAUAUUUGAUUUGUGAACUAGAUUAUUCUCAAGGUGAAAUUACUGGAGGGUGUUUUCUGCCAGAUGGAGAUGUUCUUCUUGUUGAUACACAAAGUAAGCAAAUUGCUUACCACAAUAGUACUGGGAAAUUUCUUAAAUAUUUUUCUCUACGAUUUUUCCCAGAUGAUCUGACGUUGGUAGAUCCGAAUUCACACGAUUUUUUUAUAACAUGCUCUUGGGGGAGUGCCCGUGGAAUCCAUAGUGUAUCUUUAUCUGCAGAUAAAACAAAAUUGAUGGAAAAUUUAAAUUUUAAAUGUCACAACAAAGACAGUAAAUGUUUUGGAAUAACUUGUAGGUCUGGCUUCAUAUAUGUUGCCUGUGGUACUUUCAUUUUAAAAAUGGACACAGUUGGAAAUGUUAUAUCAAACCUCAAAACCGAAGAAAAAACACACUCAGUCGCCCUGAACAGAAACAACCAUAUAAUUUCUUCAUCAUGUUCUUCACAUAGUGUUACGUCUAUGAAUGAAAUUGGGGAAAGGUUCUUCAGGUACACUCAUCCUGAUCUCAAAUAUCCCUAUGGCCUUGAUGUGGACUAUGAAGGAUAUAUCUAUGUAUGUGGAAGAGACAGCAAUAACAUUUAUGUUCUCUUACCCUCCGGAGAGUUACUACAAAUUUUAAAAACUUCAAAACCAAACUGUAUUAAAUUUAAAAAGGACUCGCGCGUAUGUUUCAUUGGGUCUUACAAAUCAUGCAGCACAAAAAUCUGCGAAUUUAGGGAGUCGGAAAGUUAA